AGUGUUUUGAACUUUUGAUUCAACGAGUGACGUGUCGGCGUGAAGUGUUGGCACUGCCGAACUGAGUGCCGCUGCCCCUGCCAGUGUCGGUGCUCCAGUUAUUGACCGCUCCCACUUUGCCUCCAAAAUUCAAAUAACGCCGCGAAUUACAAAGUUAUUGAAGAUGUCGAGCCGGAAAAACGUGUUAUUUUUGUUCGAUGUGGAUGGUACGCUGACCAAGCCUCGCCAAGUGAUCUCAGAGGAUUUAAAGUCAUUUAUACUUGAGCAAGUAAAAGCCCGAGUGGCGGUGGGCCUCGUAAGCGGGUCUGAUUAUGUCAAAAUUGUAGAGCAAAUGAGUGGAGAGCAAGUGACUAAUCAGUUUGACUACGUAUUUUGCGAAAAUGGCGUGAUGCAAUACAGAAAUGGGGAACUGAAGAGCACCCAGAGCAUUCUCAAACAUGUAGGUGAAACAAGAUUACAAAAGCUUAUAAACUUUGCUCUUGGUUAUAUGUCUAAACUAGAAUUGCCUGCAAAAAGAGGCAAUUUUAUUGAAUUCCGGUCUAGCAUGAUAAACAUCUGCCCCGUGGGCCGGUCUUGCUCACAAGUAGAAAGGGAUCAAUUUUCAAAGUAUGACAUAGAGCAUAAAGUGAGGCAAACAUUUGUGGAUGCACUGAAACAGCAGUUCCCUGACUAUGGCUUGACAUUUGCCCUCGGGGGGCAGAUAAGUGUAGAUGUGUUCCCCACAGGAUGGGACAAAACGUAUUGCCUGGGUCAUGUGGCUGAUGCAAAGUAUGAUGAAAUACACUUCUUUGGUGACAAAACUGACAUUGGGGGAAACGAUUAUGAAAUCUACAACGAUGCAAGAACUAUUGGGCACAAAGUUACCUCUCCUGAUGACACCAAAGAACAAUUAAGAAAGUGUCUUAAUAUUGCAUAAAUGAGUUAAAUAAAUGCUUAUUGUUAGAGCUUCAUACAAAGAAUAAUAAUAUUGAUUAAGAUUGUCUAAUUUCACAAUGCUGGUUAGUGUCUUUAGUUCAAUGGAGUUAAUAAAUAAUACAAUAAAUAUGUAAAUGUACAAUUCUAAUGUAAAUACUUGUGUAGGUGUAACCUACUGUCUACAAUACUUUACUAUCAAGAUAAGGAAACAAGUUUUUAUAUUACUAAGUCAUUAUUUAUUAUGCAUUUUAUAUUAUAAAUAUAUUAAUAAAGUAUAUUAAAGUAAA